AUGUCUACCAUGCUUCAAAAAGUCCUGAGCUUGUGGGGCCCAGCCGGUCCGGCCGGUGUAUCACACGGCUUCCACGCCGAUGACACAAAACCCGACUACCCCACAGCGGUGGCAGGGAAUCCGUUCGUAGAAGGAUUAUACGCGGAUCCAGACACGGCCAUCUACGAUGGCGAGUACUGGGUCUUCGCCACAACCUCCACUGAUUAUGAGAAGCAGACAUACAUGGACGCCUUCUCCAGUCCAGACUUGAUCAAUUGGACGAAGCACCACAAUGUCCUUACCCUAGAUAACGUCAAAUGGGCGACCAAGGCCCUGUGGGCUCCAGCGCCAAUAGCUAGGAACGGGAAGUACUACAUAUAUUUUGGAGCCAACGAUAUCCAGGAGGACGAAGAUCAGGACGGCCUUAUCGGAGGCAUCGGUGUGGCUGUUGCCGAUCACCCAGGGGGUCCGUACAAGGAUGCCAUCGGAGUGCCGCUCAUCGGUCAUUAUCAUCACGGCGCUCAACCAAUAGAUCAGGGUGUCUUCAUCGACGACAAAGACGGUCAAGCCUACAUCUACUACGGCGGACACGGACAUGCCAACGUAGCCAAACUCAACAACGAUAUGGUGUCCAUUGGGACCUUCGACAAUGGAACGCAGUUCAAGGAGAUUACACCGGAGAAUUACGUGGAAGGUUCGCUAAUGAUCAAGCGUAAUGGCAUUUAUUACUUCAUGUGGUCUGAAGGCGGCUGGCAGGGACCAGACUAUAGUGUCUCCUACGCCAUGUCCGAAUCACCUAUUGGGCCUUUCAAACGACAAGACAAGAUCCUCCAACAAGACAGUGCCGUUGCCAAAGGCAGCGGGCACCAUGGCAUAAUCAACGUGCCUGGCACGGAUAUCUGGUAUAUCGUUUACCACCGCAGACCUUUGAGUGAAUCGGACGGCAAUCAUAGGGUGCUUGCAUAUGACAGGAUGUUCUUCAAUGCCAACGACACCAUUGUCCCUGUCAGAAUGCUCGUACAAGAUAAUUUCGCAGACGGCAACAUGAUCGCUUGGAAGACCUACGGGUGUGACUGGUUUGUUGUGGAGGAACGCCUUACCGCUAGCAAUUCAUCGACGGGGCUGGCGAUGCUCGACACUAACUUCGAGUCUUUGUCGUUUGAGGCUACUGUGAACCUUUCAAAAUCCAAUGCAUCGGAUGCGGAGGCUGGUGUCAUAUUCCGAGCCGAGCUCCAGGACGAUGCUGGCUCAUUUCAAGGCUAUUUCGCUGGAGUGACAGCCUCAGGUGACAUAGUUCUUACGUACUCCCACGCUCUAAAUGGUACAGACGUUCUUGCACGCAAUAGUACUGAGAUUCUUCAUCUGGGCCAUGAGCACAGGCUUCGCGUAACAGGCACGGGCAACUCGAUACAAAUCUUCCUGGGCGACUCCAAGACCCCCAAGAUUGAUACUCAAGUUCCAGAUGGUUACCGGAGCAGCGGAGCAAAUGGAGUAAGAGUAUACAAGGCGGCAGCAAAGUUUGGAAGCAUCUCAAUCACACGACUGGGUGAUGGUCUUUAG